AGUACAGAAAACAGAAUACGAACCAUGCGGGUCAGAUUGGGGGGUAUUACAUAUAAGUACUGGUUCUCGUUCGUCUUUCCUUUUCUCUCCUCAGUCCGUUACACGCGACUGAGGGUGCGUCUCGCCGUUUGUUAGUUCACGCGAGCUAGACUAACUGUGUCUAGAUUUUAUCAAACCAUGCAGCCUAGCACGAUAAUGGUGACCUUUGAGGAACCGCUUGCAGACCUAAGCUCAUCAGAUGUGGAGCGCACAUCAGAUACAACCCUCGCAGACAUGGAUUUGAGUGGACAGGAGGGACAAGGAUGCCAGCAACCUGCCGAGGGUAUUCAAUCACCUCUUGCUCGUUCGUGCUCGAGGAACGGUGGGGAGCACCAGAAUGAUCUUACUCCACUCUUCCGUCUUCCAGACGAGAUUCUCGUGGAAAUAAUAAAGCACGGCGCUGAGACGAUGAUAGAUAGGAGCGGCGACAGUUUUGAAAAGACAGCGUCGCACGUAUCCCGGCGAUGGCGAACUAUAGCCAUCUCUAAUCCGUCACUAUGGACCUAUAUCUCUGUGUGCCCGGAGGAAACCCCAUCGUUUCUUCUAACGCGCAUCCAUCGUUCUGCGGAUAUACCUAUUGAUGUCGACAUAUAUCCUUGGCCAGCAAUGUUAACAACGUUCACCAGAACUGUACCACAGUCGUUGCUUGCUCAGCUGAACAUCAUUCUCCGUUAUGCAAGUCGGUUGCGCUCACUCACUCUUCGAUCUGGACUGGUGGAACCGAUGUUCGAUUUUGUUUUGCUCUACUUUACGCGUUACGGAAGAUAUCUUCCAUCCCUCGAAUCUGCGAGGCUAUAUGGUUCUAAGAUGCAAGUCAAGCCUUGGUCACGGGCCCUCUUUUUUGAUGAGUCUUGCACUCCAAAGCUUUCUACCCUCGAGGUUGCCAACAUGAAGAUACUUUCUGGAAUAAAUUCCUGCCACUCGACAAUCACCACUCUAGUCCUCACAAAUGACAUACCAUCAGAGAUCAUGAUUACGACUUUUAAUGAUUUCAUGCGUGUUUUCGCCUCAUUUCCAUUUCUCGCCUCAUUGGUGACCUACGGUCUCGUGGUCGACAUUUCUUCGCAUCAGUUGUUCACUGACGAUCAUCAGUACCCCGCCCUCCGCACCCUAGGCAUUCAUCGCAUCGAUGGCGCGCGCUUCUCCUCGUUGAUCGCCACUCUUGCGUUAAUUUUUCCUGGCAUUACACACCUCAAUUUGACAGGGCCCCGGGCUGCCUCUUCGUUACUCGAGGCUAUACGACAAGUAUCUGCAGAUCAAAUAUGGCCAGGCCUCCAGAAACUCGUGCUGAAUACUUUUAUUGGCCAUGAAUGGUCGCAAAUCAAUCAUUACCUUGAAACACAUAGUGGUGGCAACGGCGAAGAUAGGACACAAUAA